UCUUGAGCUCACAGGCCCCAUGAACUCCUGGCGUGAUGCAUGCUGGGGACUCCUGAGCGUGCUGAGGACAGAGCAGCCAGGCAGGGGGGGUCCCAGGCAGCCUAAGUGCUCACGAGAGAGAAGAUUCCACCUGUGGGUCGGAACAAUCGGCUCAAGACCCAGCAGCCAGGAGCGUAGCCAGAAGCUUGGUCCUGAGCAACAGUGCGAAGAGGCUGGGUGCCCAGCUCACAGCCAGCCCCAGCCCCAGCCCCAGGGAAGGAACUUGGCCUGCACCCCCUUGGCUGAGGGAGCAUGGCCAGACUCCACCACACCCUGCUGCUGCUGGUGGUGAUGGUGGCCCUCGUGUCCCGAAGUGUCCAAGCCUGGGGCUCCCCGAAGGUGGUGAGGGAAUUCCAAGACAUCUCCCAGAGCUACGUGUACGUGCAGCAGGCCCUGUGGUUCGCCAUGCAAGAGUAUAACAAGGCCAACAACGACAAGUACAUCUUCAAGGUCACGGAAGUUCUCAAGUCCCAGGAGCAGAUCACGGAUAGCUUGGACUACCUUCUUGAAGUCAAAAUUGCCCGAACCAUGUGCAAGAAAAUUUCGGGGGACAAUGAAAACUGCUUAUUUCAACAAGAUCCCAAAAUGCAAAAGAUGCUUUUGUGUACCUUUAUUGUGAGUUCCAAGCCAUGGAAAUUUGAACUCACCAUGCUAAAGAAAAAAUGCCGAGAUGUCUAAUUAGGUCCUAGCACGUUCAGCCUCACUCGCUCCCGUUUUUAAGAAGUGAGGAAAUUUGCAAGACAUCCACAUGGCAUGGAGGACCUGUUGACGUCAUCGCGUUGUGUUCUCUUGGGCCAAUGUGGAGCCUUCUCAUGGACGGGCACGUGUGAAAAGGCAUCACGCCUUUCAAAAGAACAACUUGUUUUCAAUAAAGUGACAUUGUUUAUACACCUU